AUGCCUGUAGCUGAGCCCGUGGGAAUUUCCAAUUUACCCGACCAAAGGUACAAGAUCGUGUCUAAUCAGGGCGCUACCUUUACGCUUAUGGUGGCUGGUGAGUCCGGUUUGGGUAAGACGACUUUCGUGAACACCCUUUUCCAGACUGCCUUGAAGGACCAUGACGAUCCCAAUGAAAGACACAACAAAUUCACCAGCGCUCACCAAACCGUUGAUAUCAACAUUGUGCGUGCUAUUUUGGAGGAGAAGAAUUUCAAGAUUCGUUUGAACAUUAUCGAUACCCCGGGAUUCGGUAAUAACGUUAACAACUUGGACUCGUGGACCCCAAUCAUCGACUUCAUCGACGACCAACAUGAGACAUAUGUCAAGCAGGAAAAACAGCCUCAUCGUAUUGAGAAGAAGGACUUAAGAGUUCACGCGUGUUUGUACUUUAUCCGCCCAACUGGUCAUUCCUUAAAGCCAUUGGACAUUGAGAUUAUGAAGCGCUUGUCCACGCGAGUCAACUUGAUCCCUGUCAUUUCAAAAGCUGAUACCUUAGCCCCAUCUGAGUUGGAAACUUUCAAGACUAGAAUAAGAGAUGUAAUUGAGGCUCAGGAUAUCAACAUAUACACCCCUCCAAUGGAUGUGGAUGACCCAGCCAGUGCAGAGCACUCUAAGCAGCUCAUUGAGGCUAUGCCUUUCGCCAUUAUUGGAUCGGAGGAGGAGGUUGAGGUUAGUCCUGGCAAUUUUGUCAGAGGCAGAAAGUAUCCAUGGGGUGUCGUGGAGGUAGAGAACGACAGACAUUGCGAUUUCAAGAAAUUGCGUUCCUUAUUGUUGAGAACUAAUAUGUUGGACUUGAUAUUAUCCACGCAAGAGAUUCAUUUUGAAACCUUCCGCUCGUUGAAGUUGAGCAGCUUAAACGAAGAGGGGAAGGGCGAGAAUGGCAGUGCGUCUAUCAAGAAGCCUCGUCGUUUGCACAACCCUAAGUUUAAGGAAGAGGAAGAUGCAUUGAAGAAGUUCUUUACGGAACAGGUUAAAGCAGAGGAACAGCGGUUUAGACAAUGGGAGACUAAUAUUGUCACCGAGAGAAACAGGUUGAACCAGGAUUUGGAGGAGAUGCAAGCGAAAUUGAAGGGUUUGGAAGAACUGGUGAAGAAAUUGCAGUUGCUGAAAAAGUAA